GUCUGGAAGCCGGCACACUAGCCUGCUCGCCUCUGCAGGCAGGGAAACUGAGGCCCCGCGGCUGGAGCGGGGCGGGUCCCCGAGCGCGAGCCCCCGCCCCCGGCGGCCCCGCCCCAGCCCGAAAGAGCCCCGAGCUCGAGGCAGAGCGCUAAGCGGGGACGGCGGGCGGCGGCGCGAUGGCAGCGCAGCGGCUGGGCAAGCGCGUGCUGAGCAAGCUUCAGUCCCCGUCGCGGAACCGCGGCCCGGGGGGUAGCCCCAGUGGGCUGCAGAAGCGGCACGCGCGAGUCACCGUCAAGUACGACCGGCGGGAGCUGCAGCGACGGCUGGACGUGGAGAAGUGGAUCGACGGACGCUUGGAGGAGUUAUACCGCGGCAGGGAAGCAGAUAUGCCCGAUGAGGUCAACAUUGAUGAGCUGUUGCAAUUGGACAGUGAAGACGAGAGAAGCCGCAAAAUCCAGGGACUCUUGAAGUCCUGCAGGAACCCCACGGAGGACUUUGUCCAGGAGCUGCUGGCCAAGCUGCGGGGCCUGCACAAGCAGCCAGGCUUCCCACAGUCCAGCUGCUCAGAUGACCCCAGCCUGAGCCCCCGCCAGGACCGGGCCCACACCGCCCCACCCUGACUGCCGCCUGCCUCUGUAUUCCACCCCCCAAACGCCCAGAUUGUUUCUAAAUUGUAUUUAAUGGUCCUGUAA